AUGUUUAGCAGAAUAUUUUUCGGUGCUUGCCUAGGUUUCGGUGCCUCUUCGUUUUCUACUGUAUUUUGUGAUGCAGGUAAGUUGAGAGGUAUAUCACCAGAUGGUUUAAUUAACCAUUCGCUUGACGAUCUACCAACCCCUACGAAAGAGGAAUUGGAGUAUGUGAAGACAUGGGGUGUUUCUUGGGUAGAGGAUUGGGAUCGUCCUGGUAUAAGAGGAAUUCGUGGGGACAGAAGUCGAUCUGUUAAGCGACAGAUUAUAUUGGUACGUCAUGGUCAAUAUCAAAAUGAAGACUCGAAAGACGACCGCAUACGUACGUUAACACCUUUGGGGGAGGAGCAAUCUAAAAUAACUGGUGAUUAUUUAUGGAAAGCGUUUAUUCAGAGUGGUAUCCGACGUGAUGGUGUGGAAAGUGAUACCAUGUAUAAGUCUACCGAAGUUAAUUCCGAAAGUAAAAAUAGUGUUUCUAUAGAGAUGAACAGUGCAAAUCAUAUGGGAGGGUUUCUUGUUGCGUCGGAGCCGAAGUAUGUGCAUGUAUCAGAUAUGACACGUGCUCAACAAACGGCCAAAUUAAUUUUAAAGUCUUUUCCCUCUCGUCUUCACAAACGACUGGCAACUGAUGCUACAUUGCGUGAGUUGUUCCCCUGUGAUCCGGAACCUCCACGCAAACAUCGUCAUGCUUCUUACAAAGAUAUGAAAGUGGUGGAAGGAGUCUUUGAAAAAUAUUUUCAUCGUCCAAUAUCGGAUGAGUCUUCAGUGGAAAUAAUUGUUGGACAUGCAAAUGUUAUUCGUUAUCUCGUAUGUCGCGCCUUACAACUGCCACCUGAGGCGUGGUUACGUAUUUCUCUUCCUCACUGUAGUAUUACUAGCAUCACUAUUAACGGCAAAGGUCAUGUGAGUUUAUCGUGUCUUGGUUCUGCGGGCCAUCUACCUGCUGAUAUGGUUACAACACGAAACUUACCGUAA